AUGCGGAAAAUGGACGGGCUCUACGGUUCGGAUGAGGUCAUGACCGGAGGUGCUAACCACAAGCGCAAGCGGACUUUAAUUUGCAGUGAAAAUGAGAGCUUGUCCACCCUGCUGCAAAUCUGUAUGGACAUGGUAGAACGUACACUACCUGUAUCUGUGUACCUGACAAGAUGCGAAUGCCCGCCCGUCAAGACAUGGCAAGAUGCAAGAUGCACCGGGGAAUGGACCCCAACAUGGCCCCAGAAGCAGCAAGAUUUUCUUAUUGUUUUUCCACACUGGCAGCUCCAUCCAAUUUCCAUCGUCUGCAAGCCUGUCACCUUUAUCCACCCGCAGACAGCCUGUCGCCUAGCACCCAGGUGCCUUGCCCGAGAGGUUGUUAUUGUUGACGGGAGGUGGGCCUGGGCGGCUGCAUCCACUGGGACCGCUGACUGGCAAGACGCGCUGGGCCAAGCAAAUUUGGCCGGUUGCUGGAGAGAGGUCUGGCCCCGCGACUUGGGUCCUGGCCAUGGGUCCUUGGGUGCUGCCCUUCACGACGACUCCGACGACGAUACCCUCCCCUCCUCCUCCUUUCUCUUCCACUCGUGUGGUUUUUUGCAACUUCUUCUAGGCUCAAACUCCGUCUUCAAUGUCUUGGUGAACUUGUCGACACGGUCUCUGUUGGAACGCGUGAGCGACGUAUACUCACGUUCUGUCUCGUCCUCUCUCUCAUUUGCAGCGCCUCCGAACCACUCAGACCCGACCGAUAAUAUUUCAACAGCCUUCUCACAUCAAACAUAUUGA